CGGGUGGAGAGCAUCAGAUGCCGAGCGCGUCCUCGCCGCUAUAAAAGCCACCACUAAUUUCCCCGAACCAAAAGCCACAAAACGCUCUUCGCCUUCUCUCCACAUCUUUAACGCCUAAUCUCUCUCGAUCUCGAUCUCUCGUAGAAGAAGAACGAUGGCCGAUCAGCUCACCGACGACCAGAUCUCCGAGUUCAAGGAGGCCUUCAGCUUGUUCGACAAGGAUGGAGACGGCUGCAUCACAACCAAGGAGCUGGGAACUGUUAUGAGAUCACUGGGGCAGAAUCCUACCGAGGCAGAGCUUCAAGACAUGAUCAACGAGGUAGAUGCAGAUGGAAAUGGUACAAUAGACUUCCCAGAGUUCCUUAACCUGAUGGCUCGCAAGAUGAAGGACACCGAUUCAGAGGAGGAGCUAAAGGAGGCGUUCCGAGUUUUUGACAAGGACCAAAAUGGGUUCAUCUCAGCUGCUGAGCUUCGCCAUGUCAUGACCAACCUCGGGGAGAAGCUUACUGAUGAGGAGGUCGAUGAGAUGAUCCGCGAGGCUGAUGUUGAUGGUGAUGGCCAGAUCAACUACGAAGAGUUUGUCAAAGUCAUGAUGGCCAAGAAGCGGCAAAAGAGGAUACAAGAGAAGAGGAGUGGAAGCAAGUCCGAGCCAAGCUCUUCUCCAGAGAAGAAGCGCGGUGGUGGCCGUCGCUCAAAGAACUGCGCCAUCCUUUGAUAAUAAUAUGAUGGGAUCUAUGUACUGUUGGAGAAACAAGCUUGUAAUAACUGGAGGCUUAGUCAAACUACCAUAAUACAAGGAGAAGCUAAAACUACGGCAUGUACACCUUAUGUUAUUUGUGCAUGAAAAAGCUAGCGAUGGGUUUAUAUGCA